UUUGUAUUUGGAAUUGUCACUAUUGCAGCAUAACGAGAUCACGAGGAUAUAAUGAGAUAUGCGGCGAUGGGAUGGGUUUAUCACUUUGUAAAUAACGAAAUGCAUACAGGAUGUAAAUGAAAGUUCGCGGUUGGGAAGGGUACACGCAAACCUACAGAACUAUUUGGAAAUCACGUGCUUUAGAAAUUCUGUUGGAGACUAAGGUGCGAAAGUGACUGACAUAAAAGUGGGGCAAAAAGAAGACCAAAUUUUUUUUUUCUGUCUUUCUCAGACAAGCCGAAAGAAUAAAACGACAACGCUUUACAUAUAUUUGUUUGUAGUCAGCUAUUAAACGUCAGAUAGCUAGGGUCAUUAGACGUUUUAUACGAGCCAUUUUUCUUAUCUUAAUGGCCAUUUUAAUGUUGUAAGGUCUAUAAAAGAAGCUUUAUUGCUACGAAGUAGGAAACUGAUUGCGGGAAAAGAUGAAGAAAUAUUACAUAAUACCGAAAUUACAUAUCGUUAAAUGAUUUUACGUUUUCUUCUAGAUGACAAUAUAAUAAUUUAAAUAAUUUGCUUUUAACCUUUUGAAUAAUGGAUUUGUAGAUUACGAAAUUUAUACAAGAUGUAGAUGAAAGUUCGCGGUUGGGAAGGGUACACGCAAACCUACAGAGCUAUUUGGAAAUCACAUGUUAUUGUUAAAUGAUUUUAUGUUUUCUUCUAGAUGACAAUAUAAUAAUUUAAAUAAUUUGUGUUUAACCUUUUGAAUAAAAUUAAAACCUUUAGUUUUACGCAAUAAAUUUUGUCUAUCCAUGAACAUUUAAGCUGAAAAAAAUGCAUUUCCGUAUAUUUGAAUGCGUACUACUUUUGGCUAAAGACAUUUCAUUGUAUUCUCCAUUGGUUAAGUGUAUGACCGAAAUUUUACGAUCUCAGCAAGACCACAAUGCCCUUAACUAACGUGCUAGGUGGUUGUAAUUUGGAAGUGGGAGGGCAUUGUUCAAUUAAGGCGAUAAAUUUACCCACGUACUAUUCAACACCUUUCUUAGCUAGGCGUUAUGGGAACGGCUUGAUAGAAUAGCUUUUUUCAGUAUUAUGUUAAUCAGGUAAUUUGAAAAUUUGAGGUGGUCAAAUAAGGACAAUGCUCAUCGGAAGAACAACGACGUUUUGACAAGAUAAAAACUUAACUAUUGUACAGCUGCCCGGUUUCACAUCAUAUCGAAGCUCGAAGCGCUAGUUGACGCAUCAGGCAGUAAAUAUAAUCGAUCAAACGUCGCUCAGUGACGAUUACUUUGAGCUAUAUAAUGGAAACGAUUUCAGUGAACAUUACGAGCGAAAAAAAUUUGAGUGUUCAGCCAGAAUCUUGCUAUUAUCUCGAUCGGUUUCAGAUCUUCCACGCUGGGCCACCGACCACUGAGUACAUCGUCAACUGUACGCUAAAUGCCAUCCUAGCAAUCGCAGCCAUUCUUGGGAACGGGAUGAUUCUUCACGCCAUUCGGAAAUCUGCGGCGCUUCGCCCUCCAUCAAGAGCACUGCUCUACAGUCUGGCUGCCUCUGAUUUUGGCGUUGGGCUUAUUGUUCAACCAUUUUACGUUCUGUACAAAACAGCAGAACUUAAGAACAAUCACCUGCUCUACUGUGUAGGAGGGAUUGGAUUUCAUUUGUCCGCAAACGUGUUCUCCGCCGUUUCUUUUCUGACCGUGACAGCCAUCGCCAUUGACCGAGUUCUUGCCCUUCUUCUUAGAGCCAAAUAUCAAGCAACAGUAUCGCUGAGGAGGGUAAUAAAAGUCUUAUUGACCAUCUGGGCGCUUACGGGUCUGUGGGUGUUCAACUGGAUUUGGAAUUUGGAAACUUACCAAGUGUUUAAUAUCACCGUGAUCAGUGUAUGUUUGUUGAUUUGUUCAGUGUCCUACGUAACACUCUGGGUAACUCUUUGCCAACUCCGAAAAAAGACAGUUUCAAGACGGAAUGGCGGGGAAAUUACACCAAAGGGGGAAAAUAACGUGGGUUCACGGACAUUGUUAGUAUACAAAAGAUCUGUCACCAAUAUGUUUUGCGUUUAUGCGUUAAUGCUUGUUUGCUAUGUGCCAUACUUGGCCAUGUUUUUUGUCAUACAAACUACAAAAGUAAAUUCAACUAAAAUCCUGGCACUGAGUUACACGAUGACCGUGUUAUUCGCGAAUUCUGCUUUUAACCCUUUCUUGUACUGUUGGCGCAUAAAAGAAAUUAGAAAUGAAGUACUUUUAACGCUCACUAAGUUUGCCUGUAAGAGUGAGUAAAAAUUGAUCAGUAAUGUCCUGUUGUUAUCAAUACCACGGGUGGAAAUUGAGAUGAAGCUUUUCAGGAAAUUGUUAAAUUGAAUUUCAAAACUGGAAACGAAUCACACAAAAAAAUUUGUUAUCUGUUAAUAACAUUGGUUUUCACUGAUAUUUGUUAUUGCUGACAAUGCCCGCGGGUAGUUGACUAAAUAUAUGUUCAUAACGAGAACGACAUAACGAGAACGACCACUGAAAUUUGCACACUGAUGCACAUUGAAAUUUGCAUUUCAAUGCAUUUUUUGUAUUUUUUAAUAGCAUGGUAAAAGGCACAGGGCUAGCGCUCUGAUGCGUUUUCGUAGCUGAUCCGCAACACUAUCACUGUUAUGAAAAGCUAUAUUGUAAACAGAAUUAAGACCGGUGAUAUACGAAGUGUUGUUUACUCAAAACCGAGGAAACGAAUUCGAAUUAUGUUACAAAUUUAGCAUCAGAAAUGCUUAAGAUCUAGAGGUUUGUGAUGAUGUUUGGGAAAUUGGGUACUUUCGCGAAGUAUCAUAUUUAUGACUUAUAUACAUAUAUGUAUUGGCUCUCAGUUUUAAGACCAUUUAUGACAGUUAGGCUGAGAAGAGCUGAGAAAAUAAUUUAUGUACCUUUUCUGUGAAAUGAUGAAAUGCCAUGAGAAUAAUAAAAUUACUCGUAAUUAAACUGAGAAGCUUUCAAAUUGUCUUCUUCUGGUUUGUACUGCAACAAUAAAAAUAUGACGGGAUGAAAAGCUAUAUAUCAUCUUGAGAGACCACUAAAGAUAAUAAGAUAAGAGAUUGGGGACUUUCUCUCAAAGGAACAUAUGUCAAAAGAUUAAAAAAGAAUAAACAGGAACAAUAAGGCUGAUCAGAAAACAGCGACCUGGAAAAACUCCAAGCCGGUACACAUGAACAUUUUUUAUUUCAAAAUGAUUUGAGGCUCAACAAAGAAUGAAACAAGAAGUAUAUUUAUCAGAUAUGUGUGAUAGCAGGCUAUUUAUGCUACCAGUAAGAUUGCGAUGAAGUGUUCUUAAAUGUUUGACUUUUCUAGUAUGCAAGUCGAUUGGUUUCCAUGAUGUAAAAUUUCAGAAGGGAUAUAUCCUUAACAUAAAAUUGAUUGGCAGUAAUAUAAGUUCUGCCAAUUCUUAGAAUGUAAGUCGAUUAGUUUUCCUGUAAAACUUCAGAAAGGACCUGUCCUGAGCAUAAAAUUGAUUUGCAAUAAUGAAACUCAGUCCUAGCAGCCAAAAAGCUGCGGUCAGCCUUUCAUAGAAUACUGCCGCCGGCUGCCGAUUAAGCGUUUGCUGUUGAUGGACAUACGGUAGCCACACUGAUCAAAUCUUUCCAAGCGGUGCCUGAAUAGACCUUUUAAUGGUUUUUGAUGCCAUCUUGCUUGGGGGGCAAACACAGCAAAAAUUGCAGUAAAUG